CAAUAAUGUUGAAUCACGGGACAGAAAAGAACAAAAAAACUUUUUGAAGAAGCAUGCUUCAGUGUCUAAUAAUAAUACCAGAGUAAAACAAAACCACGUUCAACUCUAAAGGCGCAGGGCUCCAAAAUGUCUCCUCUUCUCAUCCUCAUCUUCAUUGCUACAACCAUAACAUUCAGUAGUAGUUAUUCUUCAGUGGCUACAACUCUACCUGACACUGUCCAUCGUAACAACAAGAACCUCUUCUCAGUCUCAGGUGAGCUUGAUUGCAAAUUCAGACAAGCAAAACAAAGUUUCUCUGAGGUGAAAUGUGCAAAGACUCGACGGAUUCUGAAACAUAUUAGGCAAGCAAGAAGAAGAGAUCAUCGACACAAACAGAAGAGAUCACCAAGACACCUCCAAAACAAAGCAAAGUCAAACAAGAACCCAAUAGACAAGAAGUUCUUGUUCCCACCUCCAUUGUUUUUUCCUCCAAACCCAUUUGCACCACCUUCGAUAUUUCCCCCAAACCCGUUUGCACCGCCACCUUCCAUUUUUCCACCAAACCCGUUUGCACCACCACCUUCCAUUUUCCCACCCAACCCAUUUCAGCCGCCUCCACCUUCGAUUUUCCCACCCAAUCCGUUUCAGCCACGGCCACCGCCACCUUCAAUAUUCCCUCCAAACCCGUUUCAGCCUCCUCGUGCUCCUCCUCCAUCAAUAUUUCCUCCAUUAUUUCCUCAGCCUCCUCCUCCUGCUCCUCCUCCAUCAAUAUUCCCUCCACUAUUUCCUCAGCCUCCUCCCGCUCCUCCUCCAUCAAUAUUCCCUCCAAACCCGUUUCAGCCUCGUCCACCUCAGCCUCCUCCCACUCCUCCUCCAUCAAUAUUCCCUCCAAACCCAUUUCAGCCUCGACCGCCUCAGCCUCCCCCCGCUCCUCCUCCAUCGUUAUUCCCUCCAUUAUUUCCUAAGCCACCUCCACCCCCAGCUCUUCCUCCUCCAUCAAUAUUCCCUCCAAAUCCAUUUCAGCCUCGUCCUCCUCUUCCCGCUCCUCCUCCGCCAUGGUCUAUCUUUCCUCCAUUGCCACCGAUCUUUCCAGGCUUAAAUCCACCACCGCCACCUCCUCCUCCCCCUCCUCCACCUCCAUCAAUCUUUCCAUUUCCUCCAUUCCCGUUCUUCCCACCACCACGCAACCCUGGCCCUCCUCCUUCUUCAGCAAACAAGCAGCCUCCUUAAAUCGAACAAGAGUAUCAUAAUAUAUAUAUAUAUAUACCAAACAUUUACAUAUCUGUUGUAUAUGACAGUCAUAUAUUUACAUAAGGGUAAAGAAUAAAAUAUGAGUUUUCAACUUCUA